AUGAAUGAUAAUAAUAUUCACAUGUUAAAUGACGUCAAUAGAUUACAGCCAAGACAUGGAGAUCAUCAUUACAUUAAUGUUAAAUAUGGAUAUUUCAUAUUUGGUUUAAGUUUAGUUCAUAUAUUUUAUAGAACAAUAUUGAAGUAUGUAUAUGUGAAACGUUGGAUUUCUACCGGUACUCAUAGUAGAUUAUUAAGACGAUAUAGUUCUAUUCCAACCUGGUUAAUCGUCUCGGUUUGGUUUUUAAUCAUAUUCUUUGUUGGUGGGUUCCAUAUAGAUGAUUUUUCAGAAGAAUAUAUUGUAUCUGCCAAAAGAUUCGGAAGAAUCGCAUAUUGUUUAAUUCCAUUAAAUAUCUUUUUAAUCUUAAGACCUACAGAUGUUAGAUUAUGGAAAAUUGGAUAUUAUAUUGAAAACUUGAAUUUACAUAAAUGGAUAUCUCGAUUAAUUGCAUUCUGUGUUGCUAUUCAUUCAGUCGGAUAUUUCUAUAAAUGGAUUACAGAGGGAACCAUUUUAUCCAAACCAUUCGAAAUACUAAAUCUUUUAGGAGUGAUUGUGUUUAUAUUGUUUGCAAUCUUGAUUGUUUUAUCAAUUAGGUCAAUGAGAAGGAGAAAUUAUGUUUUGUUUUAUGUUCUUCAUAACAUCACCGCUUGGAGUAUGGUUUUAUUGAUCGCCUUACAUGCUCGUCCUGGAGUUACUAUCUUUGCAUUUGUGAAUAUGGCAUUGCUUUGUUAUCAAUUAUAUCUUAGAUAUUAUGCUUCUUAUAAAGUGGAUACUUUGAAAGUUAUUGAAAAACCAACUUCAACAUUGAGAAUAGUUAAAAUCAAUCAACCAGAUAAUUUUAAAAGUUGGUUACCUGCAUCACAUAUUAGAUUGAAUUAUUCCAUGCUGAAUAUAAGAUCUUGGACAAAUGCAACUCAUCCUUUCACACUCGCCAAUAUUUCAGAUGAUAAUAAUAAUCUCAUCCUAAUUGUAAAGAAAACAUCCUUUGUUUUUGAUCCGAUGCAAUCAUAUCUUUUGACAGGACCUUAUCCCGCAUUACCAUCCCCAUUCUUCAAUAGCGCAAAACUAGUGAAUAUCGUAUGUGGUGGAUCUGGUAUUUCCUUUGCAUUACCAAUCUAUAGAUAUUUUAAAGUUUGCAACCCAAACGCAACCGUCAAGUUAGUUUGGUGCAUUAGAAAUAAAGUUGAUACGUUUAUAAUACAUCAAUUGGAUAUAGAAGGUAUUCAAGUCUUCAUAACAUCUACUAUUGGACAAGACUCUCCGGUAUCGUCAUCACCAUCCACGCCGUCAAAUUCUAGUUUUGAACCAAUUGAACAAGUGGUGGAUGACGAGCAUACGCAAGGAUUAUUACAAGAUGGAGAAGACGGAAUCGAACUCCAAGAAUUAAAAAAUGAUGACAACAAUGAACCCCCUACUGUUGAGAAAUCUGCAUCCACCACAUUCCAUGUUGGAAGACCUAAACUUGACGAAGUCUUUGCAAUUGAGGACCCAACAUUAGUGGAGGAUAAGAGGAAUAGUUGGGUAAUUGCUUGCGGUCCAGAUACUUUGAUUGCCGAUGCAAAGGAAUGGUCGAAAGAACAUGAAUACCAAUUUUAUUUUGAAAAAUAUGAAAUGUAA